AUUUGACGUGCCGAAUUAGAAGUAACAUUAAAAAAAAAAUGCAGGAAAUUUAAAAUAAUUUAAAAUUGUUAAAUAUACAUUUUAUAGUUUAUCUAAUGGAUUACGAUACGUAUUCUUGAAAAGGAAAUAUAAUUAAAUAUAUUCCUAUCACGUUCUACGCAACCCAGACAUGCCCAUCAAGCGGACUCCAAAGAUCGAGGCCCUAGUUGUAAACGCUAUACGUAGGCUGCAAGAUGUGCAAGGUUCGACAUCACGGGAAAUUAGUAACUAUAUUUCCCAAGAGUACAAUGUUCCUAAGGAGGAGAUUAAGCGGCAGGUUCAAUUCGCUUUACGACGCGGAUUAUCUUAUAAGAUUCUUAAGCGUUCAAAGGGAGGAUACUAUUCGUGCAAUCACGACUACCUCAAACAGCUCUCGUUAGAGAAUGGCACGGGUGACGGAGUAGUGGAACCUUGUCCAUCACAACCAUGGCGAUUCGGCGUGAGAAAAAAGAAAAGAGAGAAGGCGAGGAGAAGGAAGUAUUACAAGGAGAGGCAGGAGAGGUUGAGGAAAGAGAGGGAGAGGAAAAGAAGGGACAGGAGAAAGAAGCAAAGGGACAGAAGUAAAGAGAGGGCGAGAAAAAGGAGACACAGAAAUAUGAUUAGAAAUGGAACAAUCUGCCGCCGCAGAUCACGCACCAGAUCGAGGAAGGGCAAACGUACCUCUCGAAAAAGACGUACCUCUCGAAGGAGAAGAACACGAAGCAGAAGAGGUAGAAGAGGGAUACCAUGCGGUGGAAGAUGCGGUAAGUCUAGAGAGAUGCAAAUGGAGGCGACGUCUCCGGAGUCGCCAAGAAAUGACACCGACAGAAAAGAGGAUCCUCACAAAAGCGAAUCUUCUGCAUCCAUGCAUUCAAUCGAACAAUACUCACAAAACUCUUCUCAAAAUUUUCCGACGUCAAAUACGUCCGAUAUUUUAGAAAUCAAUAAAAAAUGAUUUCUUUCAAGAAGAGUGGAAAUAAUAACCGCAUUCAGCAGAACACUUAUUUUACAACUGUUUUCUUAGCUGGGAAAAAAAUGUACUAAAUCUUAAUACUUAUUUUGUUUAAUAGGACUAACUAAAUAUUUACUUGC